CGCAUUUUUAGAGCAAGCGGAAGGUCUGGAGCAUUUGAAGUAAGAGUGUUACAACCUGUUCUCCAGUGAACCGGAUUUUUGCGAUCCCAUACGGCAUUCUACGAUGAAAGAUGUCACUGAGGCCUCGAGUUGUGAAUUUUGACGAAACAUGGGCUAAGAUCCGAGAAACAUUAGAAUCUGUUGUAACUUUGAAGAAGAUUCCACGAUCAGUUUGGAAUGACAGGUUUUCAUAUCCUUUUGCUUCAAUUUCGUGAUGACAUUCCGUUUGUUAUGAAUUACACACAUAUUGCAGAAUCAAGAUUUGACAAGGAGGAUCUUAACUUGCUACCAGGUUUUUUCUCUCCUUAAAUGGCGUCGCAGCAGUCGCCGCAUUGCAAUAGCAACCGAUAUUAAUUUUGAUACAUCAGUUAAGUGCGAUAGAACCAUAACUGCGAUUGUCACAUACCGGAAAAAGAGGAAAUUUCCUUUAUCACGUCCAUCAUUUGUCUAAGAAGCUUCUAUAUCGUGUGUGGUUUAAUUUGAUGUGCUUUCGCGUCGUAACUUCGGUGUGAGAUUUUGAUACAAAAGUUCGCAUAAUUAAUAUUAGAUACCAAACAGUGACAAUUUUACUAUCGUGAUUCUCUUUUAAGUGAUAAUGAACUUUAUACCUACAAUGAGUGGCAAUAGUUUUCGCACGAUCAGCAUCUUUGGACAUUUUUUUUUAGCUUCCAUAUUUACUCUCUUUCAUCUGAAUGUUGCCAGCUGAUAAAAAAAAUGGUCCCUUCUUUAUUUCAACAUUGUUGGGAGGGGGAGGGAGGGACGGGUAGGAGUGCAGAAAGAUUUCCGUGUAAGGCAAAACAAAACCUUAAUCACAAAGCUCAUCUGCUGUUGGCACUACUGUAUUCUUUAUUCAAAGAACUGAAGAAUGGGUUUAUUUAGAAACCUUGCUGGGUGACUUUCACAUGACCAUUUUUCACAUCAAUGAAGGCAACAAUAGUUGUAAUAAAGGUUUGUAUGGUCAGCUGAAUCAUACACACAUUUUGAUUGGUUCUUACCUAUGAUCUUUUGGGGGAUAGACACAACAUACAGCAGCUUUCUUGUGUUCUGAUUGGGGAUAUAUUCUGUGUCAUGGAAUGAGGACUUGAAGUCAGACAUAAACUCAUUGUAUUUUGAGCCAGUCUUUUACAUUCAUUCCUUAAUUGUUAUUAGUGAUGUGUAUGCCCUCUGCGUAGCUUUCCCAGAACCUUUAGGUGAAAAACUUUAUGCUGAAGUGAAGAGUUUCUUGGAGAAUCAUGGCCAAAGUCUGUAUGAGGUUUGUAUUUAUAUGAAGCAGUACUGGAACUGUUGUAUGGUUAAAUUUACCUCUUUAAAUCCUACAUCAGUAUGCAUAUUCUCCAUACUGUUCCUUACAUAUAUCUUUGAUACUGACAAGGAGAAUUUGUUUAACUGUCAAAGCUUCCUAAGUUGGCAAUCAUUUCCUUUAUUCCCAUUAUCUUAAUGAGUGAUUCAGCAUUAUUACUGUUAGGAGAAAUUAGAUGCUGCUCUAGGUUUUCAAGGAUUAAAGUGUGAACAGAAAAAAGCCCCAAAUAAGAUAUGAAAGAUCACUAAAGUAUUUGUUCAAAUUGACUUAAAUUCCCUUUUGAAACAAAGGAAGAAUUUGAUGGUGCCUCUAAAGUAACUUAGGAUCUAACUCCAUGCAACCCUUCAAUUAUGAAAUACCCCUUAGGGUUAAAGAUCUUCAAGACUGUUCUCUUCAAAAAAAAUUUAUUACUUUGAGAAAGUGUGGGUGGUUGUGGGAGGGGUGUGGGUGGGUAUACUAUAGACAAGCUUUAUAACUACAAGGUGGAGGCUGGUAGAAUUUAUUAAACCAGGUAGAUAUUUGAAUUGCAACAUAUACUUGCAAUCAAAUUCCCAGAAUUAAUAACACCUGGAUUAAGGUUGAGUUAGGUAACAAGAACUUCACAAGAUGUAAAUUAUUUGUAUUUAUGUUCUUUUGUGGUUAUAACCAUGUCAUAAUUUUUCCUUCUUGAAGGCUGUCAGUGGCCCAGAUGUGGACAUCCUCCGUCUUUACCACAAUCACUGGUCACAGUUCAGCAAAGGGUCUUUAUACAUGAACCUCUUAUUUGGGUGGGUGUUGAUACAAAUGUAAAUAAUGUUUCAUUCUAACUCUUCACACCCUUCAUAUCUGUAUCCUUAUUCUAGCUCGAGUUUUAUCUUGUUUGUCUCAGAUACAUUGCCUUAGUCAUGGAACAAAGAAAACUGCUUAAAAACAUUGUGUUAAAUCAUUUGAUUUUCAAACUGUUUCACACCACAAUUUAUACAUGGACAUUGAGUUUAUGUAUGUUUGCUGUGCAAUUGUAGCUGAGCUUGAAAGCAGAGCUCUGGUUUGGUUAUUUUUCUCUGGUCUUCAAUAUUCAAGUUUAUCAGUGUGUGGAGGAAUUCAGUUACAAUGAGUCGACUUACAUUAUAGCAUAGCAAGUAAAUUUGUGUAAUCAAAUUCAAUUGUGCGAGCAUGCUUCAUAUUCCUAUUGUGCUCGCUUAUGACAUCAGCAAACAAAUCCCUCAAGAAAAAAAUCUUCCAUCGGGUUGAAAAUGUUAUAAAACAAUUGGUUCAUAUAUCAGCUGUGUGUCCAUCGAGAUAUGAAGCACUUGGGAAGUUUGGAGAGCACUCAAGAAGCUAGAGUUGCUCUCGGCUACGCCUCAAGCAACUCUUAUGCAUCUUGUGCUCUCCAAACUUCCCACGUGCUUCAUAUCUCGAUGAACGCAUGCUGAGGUAUGAACCAAUUGUUAAUUAAAACAUCAUUCUCACUUGUAACAAUUGCAUGCAUCUGUUAACCCACCAAUACUUUGUUUAUGAUCUUUUUUCAUGAAGAAGACUUCUAACAAUAAGUAAAUUUAAAUUAAUAUUAACCCUUUAUUUAACUGGUUGUAAAUUCUCUCCUCUAGCUGCUACACUUUUCCUUGUAAAUUAGUUAUGAGAAUUUGGUGUCAGAUCAAGAUAACAACUUCAACCUGAUAAGUUUGAUUAUUCCCAUGAAAUGUUUGCUGGCUAAUGUUCUAGGAGGGGAACGAUUUGGGCAUGAAGCAGAGCACCAUUUUAUUUCUGUAGGCAACUAAAGAAUGAAAAUUCCUCUAAUGGCAAUUAUUUUUUGUAGUCUUUGACAAUGAUGUUCUUUUUUCCUUUACAGCUAUCUGAACACACAUCUGAAGAAACAAAAACAAGAUUAUGGAGAGAUCUCUCCAUACAGCACAUCGUUUUCUCCCGAUGCCAUGGAGGAAGUGAUGGAUAUUGGGGCAGUAAGUUCAAGUAUUUCUCCAGGCUCUCUUCACCUGUAGAAACAUUUUAACAAAUUUGAAUUCUACUUUGUUAUCAUACAUUAUCAAUGAACAGAUUUUGACUGCUGACCAACUUAUCAGUUAGACAAUGCUAUUGUAAUAGUUUUAAAAUUCUUCAAACCAAUUUACAGGGAAAUCUCUAGAGGCUCAAAAAGAGAAUCAUGAGUUAUUAUACAAGUCAGAGGGAAACCCAAAACAACUUCAGAGAUAAUCAUAUACUCCUUUUCACUUUAAUCGCCAGAGUUUGGUUUUACAUUUUAAUGUUUUUAAUUAUCUUAACACUAUAUACAAUUUGUACAUGUUCAAGGUUGACACACUCAUUGAAUUAAGUUCAUUUCUUUCUGUCUUUUUUUUUCCAGCUUGCUCUGGAUAUUUGGAAAAGAAAGAUGAUAGAGCCGUUGAAAGAAACCCUCAUAAAACAUGUGCUGAUAGAAGUUAAGAGGUUGGUCAUUGUUCUUGGGAAUGGUGGAUUUGUGUGAAAGGCUGUAUGUGAGACUUACUUAUUAAGCUUGCAGAGUUUAUACCGGCUUCCGAGGCAUGAAAAUAAUGAUUUAUUAGCAAGACAUGUAACUCCUAAAUUUCACUCUCUAGCCAGUAGUUUAAAAAGAAACUACCAAACUUUAACCCUUUAACUCCCACAAGUGAUCAAGACAGAAUUUCUCCAACCAAUAUCAAUACAAUAUCAAGCAGACAAGUGAUGGGAUCAGAGAAAAAUAUCAAAUAGGGGAUUAUAAAGUGAUCCAAUACCAAAUUCUCCACAAAAAAUCACAAUAAUUGUAUGGCAGACAGUAAGGAAAAUAACUAAUGAUAUCUUGGGAGUUAAAGGGUUAAGGGAAACCAGAUGAAAGGUACCUUUGCGAUGACCCUGCAUCCAACCAACAGGGAGUAGUAAUACUCCUUGUCAUUUCAUACUGUAGAAACUGGGAUCUUAUCCAAUUGGAUGAGACAUUUGACACGAGACAGACUUAUUGUUACCUUUUACUUGCUCCAUUAAGAAAUGCCACAAAGCAAUAGUGUUUCUUGAAAUUUCUUCAACUACACUGGGUGUGAAAUUGCGCCUAAUACAGGCGCCAAUGCGACUAAAUUUUUCACUUUGGCGACCACAUCCUUAAAAUUAGUCGCCAAAUUGGCGACUAGAAUGCUUCAUCAUAACCUUACCUAGAGAUAUAGAGAAUAAAAAAGAUUUGCAAAGAUUAAUUCGCAGCGAACUUCCUCGUUAAAUUUGUUUCCAAAACGCAGCACAGUCAUGCAUCUCGAUCGAUAACUAGACGCCAUCUUGGAUUUAGGUGAGCUUGAAAGUUGUAUAUCAUCCAUCCUAGUGUCCACUUUGUAGCAAGUUAAAGAUACUUUUUCUAACUUAAUUUUGGAGGAUCUUUCUAGAACGCUGACAACAUAACAAAAAGGUUUUGUUUUUUUUUAAAAAUGGCGACCAACUUUUUUUGAAUUGGCUACCUCUUUGAAAAAUUUAGGAGCCAAGUGGCUAUCAGAAAAAAAAAUUAAUUUCACGCCCUGCGCCGGCACAUGAACAGUGAGCAUCAUACUUACAACUGUACUGAUAAUACUUAUAUAAAUGUACACUGUUGAUUAUUGUUCAUCUUGGUAGGGAUCGUGAAGGAGAAGACACACACCAGAACAUCGUACACGAGACAGUUCUCUCCUUUGGUAGGCUUGGCCACUUGAUUCAUUUUACUCACAAGAACAGUUUGAUUGUCAAUAAUUUGAACCUACGCUCACUCAAAUGUUGUGCUAACUCAAACCAAAACUCAAUGCUUGCUAGUUUCUUUUCUUAUUGUUUCUUUAAUUCUCCCCCCCUGGAACUUGUACCCUGAAUGAUUGAACUUUAUUUCCUUCAGCUCAUUACCUGACUAUUUUACUCUUGAUUUCAAAUGAUGAACUUGAAAAUUUGGAGCUAAAUCUUUCAAGAUAUCCCUUUAACUCCCAUGAGUGACCAAGACAGAAUUUCUUCUUACAAUAUCAAUACAAUAGAAGAAAAGUAGUCUGAAUAUAGAAGAGUAUGAAGUAGGGGAUUAUAAGUUGAUACAAUACCAAACUCUCUGAACUAGCACAAUAGGAAUUGUGCAGUAAACAGAAGGAGAAUUACUAAUGAGAUCUUAAGGUUAUAAGCCUAUGUUCUCUCUCUCUUUCCUUUUUUUUCAAAUUUUAUUUUGUUUUAUUUAUGGUUGGGGUGGUUUGCCACAUGACAAAAAGAAAUUUAUGUUUUUCCUUAAUGACUGGAAACGUUUACAUUUUGUUUUUUCUUUUCCCUGUUUUAGUUGAAGUACAGCAGUACCAGUCAAAAGGAGCUCUUCAUGUAAGUUGGCAAUAUUUUGUGCUAGAUUCAGGCCUGUUUUUUUUUUCUUUUUUUUAAACAUUUUGUGAUAUCCUCUCUUAACUGUCACACCGUAAUAUCAGUAUCCAAAUUCUCCAUACUCUUCUCUAUACAUUUCCUUUGGUGCUGACAAGGAGAAUUUGUUUAACAAUCACAGCUUCUUGGGUUAGCAAUCUUUUUUUUUAUUUUUAUUAUCUUAAUUUAUUUAAUUCAGCAGUACUAUAGUAAAAUGAAAUUUGAUGUUGGUCACUCUUAGGGGUUGAAGUGUUAAAAGAGAGGCUUGAAGCUAAUUUUAUAAACUAGUGAUGACAAUUUGGCAGUUUAGAGACCUAAUAAACCAACAGUCUAAAUUGCAGAUCAAAAUGGAAACAGUGGACAAAGAGCUAUGUUUUAGAAUCAUGACCCUUUGCUGAAAUUCAAUCUAGCCCAAUAUUUGAAUUUCAGCACAGGGUCAUGAUUCUAAAACAUAGCUCUUUGUCCACUGUUUCCAUUUUGAUCUGCAAUUUAGACUGUUGGUUUAUUAGGUCUCUAAACUGCCAAAUUGUCAUCACUAGUUUAUGUUUCACUAGUUUUUACUCAUUCUCAUGCCAUUCCCCAAUACAACUCUGUCUACACAGAGACUUCUGUACGGCUGACAUCCCCCCAUGAAAAAAAAAAAAAAAAAAAAAAUACCGGUAACAUGUUUGGAAGCUAAAGCUUACCCUGAUCAAAGAUUCUAAUCAUGCUGACCCUUUUUUUUUAACAUCACUCACUGAGCUGUCAUCUCAGAAAAAACUUGUGUUGAGUUACACAUGAUAAAUGAAAGCAAAUUUUAUGUACAUUUUCUUUGUUCCAGCUAUAUGAGGAAGUGUUUGAGAAAUCCCUUCUGAAAGAAACUAAAGAAUACUAUAGGCGAGAGGCAGCUGAGCUGCACUGUGGUAACACUUGUCAGGCUUUCAUUUCCAAGGUAAACAGAAUAAAAAACAACAAAUAUCAAAUUAUACUUGUACAGCUGUGCUGUACAGAAAGAUAUCCACUAACAAAUGUUUGUUAGUUAGAUUCAUCCAUGUCUCCCAAACAUGCGGUAGAUAAGUGGUGGUGGUUGUCAGGACAACGACAAAGGGGACCAAACAUUUAAUACCUCAGUUAAACCCAUCACUCCCAAGAUCUCAUGAGCAAUUCUCCUUACUGUCUGCCAUACAGUUCUUGUGAUGUUAAUUCAGAGAAUUUGGCAUUGGAUCAACUAAUGAUCCCUUAACUGAUAUUUUUCUUUAUUCUCAUCACUUGCAUACUUGAUAUUGUAUUGAUAUUGUAAGGAGAAAUUCUGUCUUGGUCACUCGUGUGAGUUAAAGGUUUAAUACUUCUCAGCUCAUUAAUAACAUGUGGGAAACAUCAAUUCAAAUCUUUAUAUUAAAAUUUCAAAGGGAAAGAAUUUCCUAGUGGUCUCACCAGUUUUCUAGUGGAAAAUAAUUUUAUUAUUAAAACUUUGCAAUUGAAUAAGAAGUUAACUUUGAGCCUCUUUCGAGUGAGUGUCAUACAAACAAAACCAAAGUUAUCACAACAAACAAUCAAAAUUUUUUUCAGUUUUGUGUCUGGUUGGUUUAGAGGAUAGUGUAAAUUUUCGAGAAAAGUCUCAGGGCAAAGUUGAAGAAAGCAAAGCAAUCCUGGAUUACUUUUGAAAUUCAAUUAAAAAUUGCUCUAUGGCCAUUGUCUCAAAAUAUAUGGAUAUUAAAUGAUUAGUACUGUAGGGACCCACAGUUUCAAGCAAGGCCCCUGUCUACAGUUUUAAGUUUCUAAUAAACUGCCCCUCCCCCUUUAGACCCCCUGUCACUCCUCCCCCAAAAACAUUACUGACAAAUACUACAAUAAAAGCACAUGGAAAAAUGUAUUAAUGUACAAAAGUAAUGCUAUGCAAUCAUCCUACUGCAGCACUGUGCUCCUGGUUGAAUUGGUUCCUGUUCAAUUCUAAUCAAACUUUUUGUUUGAAAGCCUGCAAUAGUUUCUGUUAUACAAUAUGUGGGUUUUCAAUUAUCGGAGUUAUUAUCAACUUUCUUGAGCUCCCUAAAGAAGCUGUAAAAAAUAAGAGGAACCACGAAGUAAUAGUAAGAGGGGUCGUUAUUGAAGAACUUAUUCACACUUGGCUUGCAUGCAUAGAGUUUCGUGGAGGCGAGUGGGGAAAUUUGGAGGGUUCAAAGAAGCGUAAGAGUUGUUUGAGGCAUUAUCAAGCCUUGCAUUGCCAUGAUUACCGUAGGCACCUGGUCACUCAAUCUACAUAUCAUCUGGACGACAACCUACUCCUCAACACCAUUAGUCAACUGGCUGAAACCUUUGGUCAAGUCACCGACAUAUCAGUCACUUGAUUAACGAGUUGACUUUGGUGAUUUGACAGUUGGUGUCAGUGAAUUGACUACAGCUGUUAGCGAGUUGACUACAGAUGUCAGCGAGUUGACUACGGAUGUCUACAAGUUGACAUGUAAGCAGAGUGACCGGUUACCUUACAGCAUGUUCCAAUUAAAUUAAAAUUUCAUGUGUGACAAUUUGAUUUUUUUUCUUUAGGUUGACAUUCGCAUUCAGGAUGAGGAUUUAAGAACUAGGAAAUUCUUUCACCCUGUGUCAUACAGUCGGGUGAUCAGGGAGUGUGAAGCGCGUAUGGUGGAGGAUUACAUUCCUUACUUACAAAUAGAAUGUCGGCAGAUGGUGCAGGAGGAAAAUACUCAAUGUUAGUCACAAUAGUUUUGAUGUUUUUUAUUGUAAAAGUAUAGGAGGUAUUUCAUUUUCCACGACUAGUUCUUUUUACCAUCUUGUUCUGCAACCUCGUCCUCAGGGCCCUCCCUGGAGAGAGGAAGAGAGAGGACCGAGGAAACGAGGUUGCUUGUCCUGUUGGACCAAUACUAACAUAUUGCUGGAAUUUCCUGAGGGUGGAUGUUUAUCCUUUUUUUUUUCUGUUUUUUUUCGCAAUAUAUUUUGUAUGCAAAUUAAACCUGCAGGAGGCUUGUAUUAUCCGCUCAAUACAGGCUCUGGUAAAUUGCGCUGCCGAAAAGAAAACGACAAAAACAACAACGAAUCUUCCGGUUUGUUUGACCUCUUUCAUGUGGUAGAAUUCCUUCACCGAUAGAAAUAUUGACUUGAAAUAUGGUUGUAGGCAACAUAAAUGUGUUUAGUUAUUGACGCCACUGGGUCUCUUACGCUGUAUGACAUUUCAGAACACGAACUGACCACGUUUCAAAAAGUUACAAAUUUCCAAACAAAAGCUCUUAUAGUUAAAUAAAUUUUAUUUGACCUGCGGAUGAAAAUCAAGCAAAGAAAUUAUUUUCAUAAGUGGACUGCAAAUUAAGCAAUUACAGAAAAAAGCCUGAAAAUAAAUUCAGGCUUGGACGGGAUUCAAACACGUCUCAAAAUUGCCUCGCUCCCAAUUUGUGGUUUCAUAGCUCAGUUGGUAGUAGCGACCAGCUAGAAUCUUGGAGGCAUGGGUUCGAAUCUCGUCGAAGCCUGAAUUUUUCCAGGCUUCUUUUUUGUAACUGCUGAUGAUUUACAGUCCACCUGUGAGAAUUAUUUCUUUGCUUGUAUCAAAGCUCUGUAAUACAACAAUAGAAUUUGUCCGCUUUCCUCCAGUUUUGGGUCACAAAAAUGCCCAAGUGUGUACUUCCGCUUAAUAGAGGGAAGAAAAACCGGGACUUCGGGUGUGGGGUGUACCGCUGACCCCUUAUACCCUAACAUCAAUGGGCAUGUUCUCUUAUGUGUUCCCUAUUAUUUCUGAUGGCCGUGACCAGAAACAUUUUAUGAACAAACAAGAGUUUCUUUAUUAGCGAUUAUUUUCUAUAAUCUCACGACGUCAAUGUUUGGUUCAGUAGUGAUACUGUAAUGAGAACUUAGAUGCUAGUCAAAGGGUUGGUAUGGGUCCUGCUUCAAUUGCAUCAUUUAUCACACCAGAGAAAAAACUCAAUCGUAAUUUGGUAUACGAUUCUCCAGGUAUCGUAAACGAUCUGUUUGUUAUUUCUUGUUAUUCAGAUCUUUCGAAGCUAUAUACACUUCUCAAACAUAUUCCUCGUGGAUUGCAAGCCAUGGUGACGGAACUGGAGGAACACAUUACGAAAACUGGUAAAAAUUCGCAAACAGUGAUUUGGUUUUCAUGUCAUCUACAGUGUAGUUCUCAUGAUUUAAAAUCGACCAAACAAGCUGGGGGAGGGGGGGGGAGGAGAAGGGGUAUGAUGGACCAGACACGCCUGGUUUUGAUGGGGGGGAAUGCACUGCACAUGCGUGAACGGAAAUCUGUUAUUGUUUAGUAUAACCAAACCAUUAAUCGGGAAGUCUUUAUUUGAUUUGAUCUUUUAUAGGUCUUCAAGCAAUCAGAUCAGUCAAAAAUGAAAAUGUGAGUGAUCCUCUUAUAUAGCGCCUAUACAGUCAUUUCCUAUUGUCCUUAAAAUUGAGAAAGAUGUUUUUUUUUUCCGUCUUGUCACGAGCGUGGGCCAAAUAAAAAAUUCUGAGUCCCCAUGAGGAAUCGAACCUCAGAUGCUCUAACCACUGAGCUUUAGAGACUCCACGGUGAGCGAGGUCUAUUACGAAGUUCAUAUGACACGCGUCCUGCACACUUCUAGGAUCAGCAAUGUCGAUAGCGUAAUGUUUGUGGAUAGAAAUAAUAGAGAUGGUAAGUUUUGAGCUCGGUAAAGAAAUAGAGAAACAUGUUUGUUUUCGUCUUUUCACGAGGGUGGGACAAAAUUAUUCUCUCGUGGGCCAUAAUUGACAUUUAGAUUAGACUUUUAGUUAAGCAAUACGCCGCAUUUCUGUCUUUCACAGGCGUAGAAACCCACGAGGGAUGUUGGGAAAACACGAUAAAAGUUUGUAAACCACGAGCCGGUAGCGAGUGAUUAACAAACUUUUCGAGUUUUAGUGUCUAUCAAGGAAUAAAUAAAGAGUAGCAUAGCCAAUCAGAUUGCAGCAUUUGUGCUAGAGCGCUAGUCCAAUUAUGCUGAUGUGCUAUGUUCAUUAUGUGCCUGCAAUUUUAGGGCCCACAGCAAUAUGUAGACGAACUUCUGGGAAUCCACAGAAAAUUCUCACAUCUCAUCAAGGAUACAUUUAGAGACGAUCCUGCAUUUAUAUCAGCUUUAGACAAGGUGAGUCAUUAAUUUAUGUCCGUGUAUUCUUACACUAAAUCAACACUUUUUACCGAGCUUGGCGUACUGUAUGCCAAGGUCAGAACAAACUGGUUUCAAUCACCUUUGUUAUUUAUUGAGCCAAAAGUAUGCACAUGAGAAAGUAGUUCUAAUUUCUCACUUAUUUUUUUUUCAUUCCUCCUCCAGGCUUGUGCAAGUUUAGUCAAUUAUAGGCAUGAUCCUAAACGCUCUUCAAAAUCUCCAGAACUGGUAAUAGAUUUAACAUUUUCAAACAGUCAUAAAAGGUUUUAGAGCUCUUUCCGAUUGAGUGUUGUAAACGCAAAACCAAAGCAACCACAGCGGCCAACCAUAGCAAGGAAAAUAUCAUGAGGAGCCAAUGAGAGCUCAAAUAAAAGCAAGCAAAGUGGCGUAAGCGCGAAAAAAAGCGGAUGACCAAGUUGCGAAUGGUUUUAGUUUUGAAUCUUAUUGGUUCAGAGAGUGGCACGAGUUUCCUGAACUAAUCAAAGAGUGGAGUAUUGAAAAUUGUUCUCUAUCGUGUUGUAGUUAUAUUGCAGUGUGAGUUUUCGUUACAUUAACCUCUCGUCUUGAAUAUUUAUGUAUUCUUUUUCGUUUUAAUAGCUCGCCAAAUACUGCGAUUCCAUACUGAAAAAGAGUACAAAGAAUCUCAGUGAUGCAGAGUUAGAUGAAAAACUUGGGGAUAUUGUAAGUUAAUAGUUUAAAGCACGUUGUAUCAUUUUUACUCCGGCUACAUGCUUCAUCAGUGCUUCCUUGUUACGUGUUCUGUAUUCCUACGGGUUCUAUUAGUCCAAAAUGAUAGGGGAAAAGAAUUCUACGCUCCAUAACACGAUAGAGAGAGAUUGCAAUGUGGAAUGAACAACCUCAAGUGAAAUUUAAUUUUGAAGAAUUGUUUUAACCCGCAAACAGCAUGUCAGAGCCAAGCCAUUAAACAACUACACAAAGCCUUUGAGUCUUGGUGUUUUAACAUUUUGGUGAAGCUCAAACAGAAUGGUAAAUAAACAGGAUCCCCGUUAUUGAAUAAUCUUGCUGUUUGAAAGUGAAAUUCCAAGACUGCGCGAGACAUUAACUUUUCUUAAGGAUUUCCUGCUCACAAUUGAUUUUAAAAUGUUUCAUUUUUCGGUGACGUUAAGAUUGUUCUUGCAAUUUUUUCUUCUCUUAGAUUAUUAUUUUUAAAUAUAUCGAUGACAAGGACAUAUUUCAAAAGGUAUGUUUUUGUAACUUCCAAAUGCAUGGAAUUCGCUUUAUUGCUUUUCCACGUAGAAUAAUCCAUGUGCUGCACUUAUUGAAAGCGCAACUACCUUGAUUGAUCCUUUUUCCUUUUUUUCAGUUCUACUCCAAAAUGUUAGCAAAGAGACUUAUUCACACACUAUCAGUUUCAAUGGACGCUGAAGAAGGAAUGAUCAGUCGCUUAAAGGUGAGUACGCUUACAUGACCUAAGGACAGAGUAGACCUUCACGGGUGUCCUUCGCAAAAAAAAAAAUUAACGCGGUACUUGAAACGUAACCACCAUAAACUGUAUAUCAGUGGCAAUGGAAAGUUCAUGAAAUUUGCUAUCCAGCAAAAAUUGUUCCGUUUUAGCCUGAUCUAAUCGUAAACCGACUGAGGCGCGACAAUUCGAAACGGACGAUGUUCAGUCCUUUGGGCAAAUUAAUCGGGUAUCAAAUCUGACCGCGUAAAUAAAACUGCUGCACAGUCAAUUUUGAAUCCUGAGGGUUGGUCUUCAAUACCUUUUGGGGAUAUUUUUUCGAUAUUUUUGUUGGUUGCUUGGAAAUUUUUCUAUCAAGUUUGCUUCUUAUCGAUGCGUGUUACGUCAGGGCUAUUUCGGGAGAUCCAUUUCGAGAAAAGGAAUUCCCUCAGACGGUUUUUCAGGAUUUAAGACCCUACAAAAAGUAUUAUUUCGAUUAUGAAUUUGUUUUACAAUUUUAGUUUAAUAAUCUGUUAAACCUGUACUACUUUUUUUUCUCCGUUUUUCCCUCACUAAACAUUAUUUUUGAGAGUAUUGCUUUGAUGGAUCGCGACUUGUGGGGUUUACCAGCAACCUUGAAAUUUUGCCGCGUCGUUUGGAUGGCAUCUUUAAGAAUAAGGCAAAAAUAUUUUCAGGAAUGUUAUCUGCAAUUUGCGUCAAUCUUUUCAGUCUUAAUCCAUCUUCCCCUCCUUCUUUUGGAAAUAUUACCAAUAGCCAAUGGAAAGCUGCCUGAAGUGCGGGAAAACGCACGUGAACAGGUGACCAGCGUGACCAAGUGACCAGCUGAUACAAAGCUGCCUGAACUGCGGGAAAACGCGCGUGACCAUGUGCCAUUUAGUUUUGGUGUUGUAUCUGAUUGGCUGAGAGGGUGGCAUGUGUGUUGUAGACCAGUCACAGCGCCAGGGAAAUGAAACAACUUUAGAGCAAUAAAGGAUUGCUUUCGACGCUCGAUUAAAAAACUCAUUUAAAAAACUAAAAAUAUAGUAUUCAGCUAUAUUACCAGCAAUCUUUUCCUCUUGCAGCACGCCUGUGGCUAUGAAUACACAAACAAGCUUCACCGCAUGUUUACGGACAUCAGUAUCAGCUCUGAUCUCAACUCUAGUUUUAACGAUUUCCUCUCUAAUGCCGAGGUGUCUCUUGGAGUUACUUUUACCCUCUUUGUCUUACAGGUAAAUUCAUGUCAUUCCUAAACAUUUAGGCCCAGUUGUUCGAAGGUCGAUUAGCGCUAACCCAAGGUUAAACUGUAAUCUGGGUUUCUUUCCUUUAUUCAAAAUCCUUUUUGGGAUAAUUUUCUGUGUUCUUUUUAGAACACCAGAUAGUCAUGUUCUAGACAAAAAUAUUUUCGACUUGAAUUUUCUUAGAAAACUUUCAGAUCUGAAAUCAGAUUUCACACCAACCCUGGGUUAUCUUAACCCAGCUUUCAACAACCCGGCCCUGCAGUUUUUAAGAGAAUUAGAUUCUCAGAUCAUUUUUGCUAAGUAAUUGACCAAUGUGCAGCACUAGAGCGCUUAUUGAUUGGCUGUAGUAAAACUAAAAACAAAGUAAUCACAACGGCCAAUGAGGAGAAGGAAAACUGCGCGGGAAAACGCGGGCGACCAAGUCGUGUUUGGUUCGCAUCUGAUUGGUUGAGUGAGUGGCGCGACUUUUCUGAACCAAUCACAGAGCUUUCGACACUCAGUUAUUACUUACUCUAUUGACAAGUUAUUUCUUACAUAAACCCUGUUUCUCUUAUAAACUUUUUAGUCUGGGGCGUGGCCUCUUGGGCAGACUUCAAUCUCACCACUGUCCAUCCCCCAGGAAUUAGUGAAAUCCGUUCAAAUGGUAAGCAACAAUGUCUUAAAUCCAAUUAUGUUGUUUUGCUAAUUUGUAGAUCUCUCUAAUUAUUAGACUCCCGGCUGAUUCCCUCCUUAUUUUUUUCUUUGAAUGUUUUUUCAGUUUGAACAAUUUUACAAUGGAAGAUUUAAUGGCCGCAAAUUGACGUGGCUACAACACCUGUCGACCGGUGAGUUGAUAAACGGCGCAACAAGUUCAAUUUUCUUCCUUUUGUUACUUUUUUGAUGAUAAAGGUAAAAAGAUCGCCAACUCUCUUUGUCUUAUCGCAGGUGAAGUCAAAAUUAGCUACCUUAAGCGCCCCUACUUCAUCACAGUUACCACUUUUCAGAUGGCGGUCAUAUUGCUGUUUAAUGAAAAGACAAGCUUGCAUUUUAGGUACGUCAUGAUAAUAUACCGGGAGGGAUAAGCACAGCUGUUAACCCUUAAAUUCCCAAGAUCUGAUUGUUUAUUCUCUCCUCAAGUUGCUACACGUUUCCUUACAAAAUUGGCUACGAAAAUUUGAUGGUAGAUCAAGAUGACAACUCCUACCUGAUUAGUUUUAUUAUUCCUGUUACAAGUUCGCUGGAUAAUGUAUGGAUAUUAUAGGGAGAAGUUGCAUGUUGAUCACUUCUGAGAGUUCACGGUUUUUACAUAUCAGUGUAAAUUUUUAAAGUUUGUCAUUUACGUCAUCUUCGCCAUCCUGAACUCUUCGACCUCUAAGAGUGACUGGCAUCUAAUUUCUCCUUACGGUAUCACCUCUGAAUCAAACAUCAAGGUCACGAGAAUAAAGAGAAUGAUCACUAACUAAUAAACUAUUGAUUGUAUAACGAAUUCUCUUUGUUAGUACCAGAGGAAAUAUAUAGAGAACAGGAAGGAGAAUAUGUAAACAGUUAACUGAUGUUAGGGUAAUUGGUUAACGAACUUACUUCAUUUUUGUUACGUUCGUAUUUCGUGGGUGUUUGUCUUCCCUAGCCAAAGGUUAUUGCAAGAGUUUUUUUUUCGAUUUAAGCUCGAAGGAUGCGCGUUGAAACCGUUUGCUCUUAUUUUAGGGGUGUUGUUAAAGGGGAGAGGGGGACUUUUUGGAAUGGUUUAAGAGAGCCUCCAAAGGUCCCUGUUAUUUUUGGAAUUUUUCUGUUGGCCACAAUACCCCUAAGCACAUAGCUCUCUAUUUUAGCAUGCGAGCACUCCUGCUGUCACUACGUUCCUCUAGUUUGCCUCGUCAAAUGGCUAGAAUGGUUAGAAAUAUCAGCUUUUCCAAAUUUCAUAGGAGUGUUAAUCCUUACACACAGAAGAUCUGAUUAGAAACUCUGCCCUCCAACCACCAUACUUUUCUUUGUAGAUAAGUUCUAAGAAUUUAAUGUUGUAUCAAGACACACCCUCUCGCUGAUCACUUUCAUCAUUCUUUUUCGCCUAUUUACUCCAUUUUGUGUGCAGAUGUCCGGGAGUUAACUCUUUAAACCUUGAGAUAGACCAGCAUCUUAUUUUUUCCUUACAAUGAUACUGUUGAAGCUUUCAUUAAGGUCACGAAUUCUCGUGGCCUUAAUGAAUGAUUCACAAACCUACAAGGAUUUGAUGAUUAACCGAGGUCUCCUUGUCAGUACCAAAGGUAAUGUCUAGGUAAGAUUAUAGAGAAUAUAGAUACUGAUGUUCGGGUGUAAAGGGUUAAGUGUUUGAACGAUCAAAUGAAUUCUCUCUUUCAGCGAAAUUCUUGAACAAACCCAACUGGUGGAGAGGGAAUUAGUAAGGACGCUACAAUCUCUGGCGGACGUACGACUCAUAUUACUAUCUGAGGUAAGGAGAACACAGGGAUUAAGCUUUACCACUUAUAGACCCAGUUUUGACCAGUAUGCAUCGCGCACAACCGCCUAUGAAAAAAGUUAUCGAUACUCCAGUUUACUGUUUGUGUUAAGGAGUUUCUGAUCAUCUAAAAAGCUUCUCAUCAACUGGGCUUGUCCGAAUCUUUAUCAUUUCCGUGGUUGUAUUGAUUUGCGGCCCUUUAUUUGGUUUACAUUUUAUUUUCAGGACGCCGACCCAACCAAGUGUACGUAUUCUUUAAACAUGGAUUUUUCCAGCAAACGGACGAAGUUGAAAAUUACUGCCGCAGUCCAGAGGGAAACUCCUCAGGUAUAUACAGUUACAUACAGUUACUGCUACCCUGUUCACUCCAAGUUGUUUCUUUGAUCAUUAACCAAAAUAAACAUUAGUAAUCCCCUCUCAACAAUGGUCGAGCUACGAACAACUUAUUCACGAGAUAAACGCAGCUAUCAAAUGAAAAACUUUAUUCAUUUAUUAAGUCUAGUUGUCCUGUUCUUGGUUUUUUUUUAAUUUUGCAAAUAGAAGUGUAUUGUUGGUGUAACUGAAGCAUACAGAAGAUAAAGAAGACAGUAAGAAGACUGUAUUAAUCAGUGUUUCGUCCAUAUCUCUUUCCUUGUAGGACACCGAACAGACCUUGUCAGCGGUCGACGAUGACAGGAAAAUGUACCUUCAAGUAGGCUAUUUGGGGGAUGCUUUUUUCAUUUUGUCAUUUUUCUGUUUUUGAAAGCUGAAGGGAGGUGGAGAAGGGCAAAAUAAGAAUAAAUGAUUAACUUAUUUCUUCUGCGUUUAGGCUGCCAUCGUCAGAAUAAUGAAAUCCAGAAAAGUUUUGAAGCACAACGCUCUUAUUCAAGAGGUAAGAGAAUUAAAAGUCACUGAUUAAUAGAUUGCAGUAUUGUGAGAGCUGUACAGACACGAACUGAGCGGUCCCGGGUUGUAGAGAGUUGCUAAGGGGGUGGGGGGGGGAGUAAUGUGUGAUGGACUGACAUCUCAUGGGGGGGUGCAGCAAUCAGCAAUCCUCUUGGUCGCUUCAACUGGUUUGUGUUUAGAAUGCUCCUAUACUUCGCUUACAGAGUAAAACACGAAACCAAGAUAUUUACAAGUAUUUGUGCGACUGGAGGUAUACCAUCAAUUCUGCACACCUCCUUUUCCAUGUUUUUAAACAAAAAAUUAACAAAACCAGGCCAGACGAAGCUGUGGGAAUAUUUGGUGUUGUUACUGAUGUCUUGCAAAGUGUAUGGAUUAAGAAGGGUCAAUUGUGCUGACUUCUGGUGUUUUCUGCGCAACAGGUCAUAAGCCAGUCGAGUGCACGAUUCACGCCCAGUAUAGCAAUGAUCAAGGUAUGCUACAAUUAAGUGCGCGGAGUAUUUUGUGUUCGCCGUUCAUAAUGAUCAAACUUUCCUUUUUCCACCCUCGUGAUAACUGCCAAAUGUCUUCCUUUACUCCUCGCUUGUUUCAGAAAUGCAUCGAAGCACUGAUCGACAAACAGUAUAUAGAGAGACGGGAGGGGAGUAAGGACGAGUACACUUAUAUGGCAUGACGGGAACGCUGAUCGAUUACCAAGCUCUCAAACAGUCUGGGACUUGUUUGGAUAUCAAAGGGGCCCAUUCUACCCCCUCGCAUCGAACCGUUUAUGAAGAACAGAGAUAAAGACUAGGCCGAGAAGGAGAUGUGCCGUAAUUUUGUAGUGAAAUAAGCUCGUGCUAAUCUAAAUGAAUGGCGAACUGCAUACAGUUUUAAGAGCUUCUGUGCUAAGUUUUCUGCGAUGCAACACACAGUUGUUUAAUUGCUUUCUAACUAUGCGCUGACUUUAAAACUUGUGCGCGCGAUGCCUCGUAUUUAUUGAAAAUUUUUCCUCCGAUAUAUUUUCGAGGUACAUUAACUGAACGCAAUUCUGAGUAAUUGAUGGGUAAGUUUCUAUUUUUCGCCAUUUUCAUCGAAUUUUUUUUUUAGAACAAUUUAUUUGCCAAGGGCAUUUUUUUUCCUCCUGUAAACAAACAUUUUCUUCUAUAGACUUGUUUAUUUGAAUUUACAGCAUUGUGACUUGGUAUCUUUUUGUACAUUAGUCUACUUGUGGAGUCUAAGAACUAGUGUUUGGUUUUCUUUGAUAAAUCCUCUUUUCCCUUGGAAUGGUCAAUUGUGAAGGUCAUGUAAAGGACGUAUCGUUCACCCUUCUUACCAUAAAAGCAGCGGUCGAACGUUGGGCAUGCGCGAGAGGAUCCAUUCUGGCCGGCCACGCGCAAAUUUAGAAAAGGGCAUAUGAAUGGAGUAGUGUGCUCAACCCCUAAGCUUUCAGUAACCGACGUGCUGAUGAUCCUUUUAAUCUUGAACAAAUACAAGAUCAAAGAAAGGACGAAACCUUUGAGGGGAAGAUUGGUGCUUAGGGGUCCUUUUCAAAGUUAGUACUUUUUAAAAAAAACGGCAAAUUCCUUUUAUAUAUAUGAAAGAAAUGAUGUAGGGGACAAUAAAAGACACCGGUCACAUCACAUUAUCACAAUAAAAUUCUCUUUCGGAAGAGUUGAAAACUCAUUUCAGC